UUGGCUCGAUAACCAUGAAGAAAAACAUUAUUUUCUUAAUUACUUGCAAGAUAAGGUAUGUAUACAAGUGGGUCAUGGACGUCAGACUUGGAGUCCAAGCACAUGGGGUUAUAAUAAGAACAAGAUGAGGUACCCUGUAGAAGGAAACACUCAUACACGCAGAGGGAGAGAGAUGGAAAUGAUGGAGGAUGUGGUGAUAGUCGGAGCAGGAAUUGCAGGGUUGGCAACAGCAGUGGCUUUGAAAAGAGUAGGGGUUCGAGCCCUGGUGUUAGAGAGAUCAGAAGGGCUAAGAGCCACUGGUACAGCGUUGACCCUAUCUCCAAAUGCUUGGCUUGCCCUUGAUGCUCUUGGUGUUUCUCACAAGCUCAUCCCCCUUUAUACUCCUUCACCCAAGGGAUACGUAACCAAUGUUAGUACCGGAGAAGUUCGAGAAGUCCUCUACCCUCGACGAGUUAGGACUCUUCACCGUAAAGUGUUGCUAGAGGCACUGGCAGAGGAAUUGGCAACUGACUCAAUUCGAUUCUCUUCGAGGCUAGCUGCUAUUCAAAGUCUAGAACAAGGCGGUGAUGCUUCCAUGGCUGUUGUACACUUGGAAGAUGGAACUACCAUCAAAUCUAAGGUUCUGAUAGGCUGCGAUGGGGUGCACUCGGUAGUGGCACGAUGGCUAGGACUGGCAGAACUGGUCCAUUCAGGUCGAUCAGCGGUGCGGGGUUUAGCAGUUUUUCCUCACGGCCAUGGAUUUAAACAAGAAGUUCGUUUUUUCUUGGAUGAGAGCGAUAAGGCUGGUUUUGUUCCUCUUAAUGAUAGGGAACUUUACUGGUUUUUUUCUAGCCAAGGGGAAAAGAUGUCAGGAGAGGCAGAGAAAAUGCAAAGGGAUGUGCUUGAGAAAUGUACAGAAAAAUUUCCCUCAGAAUACCUAGACGUGGUGCGGCAUGCCGAUCUUUCCUCAUUGUCAUGGGCACCAUUGAUGUUUAGGCCUCCAUGGGGGAUCAUAUUUGGAAAACUAAGCAAAGGAAGUGUGACAGUAGCAGGUGAUGCUAUGCACCCCAUGACUCCUGAUCUAGGAAACGGUGGCGGUGCAUCGCUAGAAGACGCUGUGGUUUUGGGCAGACACAUUGGCAACUCAAUUAUAAACAAUGGAGGACUGAUUGUUCCAGGAGACAUGGCUAAAGCCAUAGAUGAUUAUGUCAAGGAAAGGAGGUGGCGUGCCGCUAUGGUUGUCACAGCAUCGUAUUUAUCAGGACGGAUGCAGCAAGGAGAUAAAUGGUGGAUAAAAUUUCUCAGGGACAGAGCACUUUACAAGUAUUUUUUCGGCUGGCUUUCUAGACUAGUAUUUGUUUAUGACUGCGGAAGACUUCCUGCUAUUUCCUGUGGUGAAAUGGAUCUGUCCAGUAAGAAGGACUAAAUUUCAGUGCUGACAAGUGAUUCUGCAAAUUAUUAUCCUUUGAAUUCUGUUAUGUAACAGCAGGAGAUAAUGUUGCUGUUACUUGCCUUUAAAGCUUUACUUUUCAAUGUUUUUCUAUUAAGCUGCAUAAUCAAUAAAACAGAGAGCAAGAAGUCGAUAUUCGUUCUCUUUUGCA